UUGUAGAAUAUAGAAUAUAAUUAGAGGUUAUACUACUUUAUUUAAAAGUAUGGUCGUGCACCUUGUCCCAUUUUCUCACUAUGAUUUUUCGAACAACAACAAAAGUUUUUGAUCUCACCGCUCUAAUUCAGUUGUCAACCGUGUCAACAAGUUUCCAAAUAAUUGAAAGACGAAUUGGACUCUUAUAAUCCAUUACAUCAUCAAUUUGGCCAUAUAGAGUAACUAACAAUCAUGAAGUUGGACAUUGUCAAACAAUUCUCCACUCGUUCGGAUCGUGUGAAGGGCAUUGAUUUCCAUCCUUCUGAACCUUGGAUCUUGACUACGUUAUAUAAUGGUAAGAUUGAAAUUUGGUCAUAUUUAACCAAUACAUUAGUUAAAUCGAUUCAAGUGACUGAAUUACCCGUUAGAACUGGGAAAUUCAUUGCUCGUAAGAAUUGGAUUGUGGUUGGGGCUGAUGAUUUCCAAAUUAGAGUUUAUAAUUAUAAUACUGGUGAAAAAGUCACUCAAUAUGAAGCUCAUCCUGAUUAUAUUAGAAGUAUUGCUGUUCAUCCUACUAAACCUUAUAUUUUAACAUCUUCAGAUGAUUAUACUAUCAAAUUAUGGAAUUGGGAAAAUAAUUGGAAAGUUGAACAAGUAUUUGAAGGUCAUCAACAUUAUGUUAUGAGUGUUAAUUUUAAUCCAAAAGAUCCAAAUACUUUUGCAUCUGGUUGUUUAGAUACAACCGUUAAGAUUUGGUCAUUAGGUUCUUCAGUUCCAAAUUUCACUUUACCAACCCAUGAAGCAAAAGGAGUCAAUUAUGUUGAUUAUUAUCCUCAAGCUGAUAAGCCUUAUUUGAUUAGUAGUUCGGAUGAUCAAACUAUUAAAAUUUGGGAUUAUCAAACUAAAGCAUGUGUAGCUACUUUAGAAGGUCAUUUAUCAAAUGUUUCAUUUGCUUCUUUCCAUCCAGAAUUACCUUUAAUAAUAUCUGGUUCUGAAGAUGGUACUAUCAGAUUUUGGAAUUCAAAUACUUUUAAAUUAGAAAAAUCAAUUAAUUAUGGUUUAGAAAGAGUAUGGUGUCUUAGUUUAUUAAAUAAAUCAAAUUUAAUUGCUUGUGGUUUUGAUUCCGGUUUCGUUAUUGUUAAAUUAGGUAAUGAAGAACCAUUAUUCUCAAUGGAUUCAAAUAAUAAACUUUUAUAUUCUAAAAAUUCGGAAGUUUUCCAAUCAAUCAUUAAACCAACUUCAGCUGAAGGGUUGAAAGAUGGUGAACAAUUAUCCUUACAACAAAGAGAAUUAGGUUCCAUUGAAAUUUUCCCUCAAUCUUUAACUCAUUCUCCAAAUGGUAGAUAUGCUGCUGUUUGUGGUGAUGGAGAAUAUAUUAUUUAUACUGCUUUAGCAUGGAGAUCAAAAACUUAUGGUAAAGCAUUAGAUUUCGCUUGGAAUACUUCUGAUUUAUCAAAUAAUUCAUCCUAUGCCGUUAGAGAAUCACAAUUAUCCGUCAAAAUCUUCAAAAAUUUCCAAGAAUAUUUAACCAUUGAUCUUAUUUAUCAAGCUGAAAAGAUCUUUGAUGGUGCUUUAUUAGGGGUUAAACUGGAAGGUUGUAUUACAUUCUACGAUUGGGAACAUGGUGUCUUAGUUAGAAGAGUUGAUUUAGAUGAUGAUAUACAAGAUGUUGUUUGGUCUGAUAAUGGUGAAUUAUUAGCUAUUGUUACAUCAAGUGGUGAAGCCACUGCUGGCUCAAAAAAGAGUGAUGAAACUUAUCUUUUAAGUUAUAAUCAAGAAUUAUUCGAUGAAGCUUAUGAAAAAGGUGAAAUCGAUGCCGAAGAAGGAGCUGAAUCUACUUUUGAUGUCUUAUAUACUUUACCAACUUCUGAAUCUAUAUUAUCAGGUAAAUUUAUUGGUGAUGUUUUCGUAUAUACUACUGCUACUACCAAUAGAUUAAAUUAUUUCGUUGGGGGUGAAGUUAUUAAUUUGGGACAUUUUGAUCAUAAAUAUUAUCUCAUUGGUUAUAAAGCUCAAGAAGGUAAAUUAUAUUUAAUUGAUAAAUCAUUUAAUGUUAUUUCAUGGUAUGUUAAUUCUGAAGUAUUGGAAUUACAAACCUUAGUUAUGAGAGGUGAUCUUGAACAAUUUGCAUCUAAAACCGUUCAAGAUGAAGAAACUGGUGAAGAUAUUCCAGAUUUAGCCAGUAUUACUAUUGAAAAUAUUUCUGAAGAUUAUUCUAAAUCAAUUAAAAGUUUUAGUAAAACUGAAUUAAAUCAAUUAUCAAGAUUUUUUGAAAAACUAGGAUAUUUAGCUUUAUCAUUUGCUUUAUCACAAGAUUUUGAUUCUAAAUUUCAAAUAUCUCUUGCAACUGGUAAUUUACCUCAAGCUUAUGAAUUACUUUCAACCAGUGAAAAGAAUAAUCUUUCAUCAUCAUUAGGUAAUUCAUCCAAAUGGAAAAAACUUGGUGAUUUAGCUUUAUCAUCAUGGAAUAUUAAACUUGCUCAAGAUUGUUUCUGGUUAGCCAAUGAUUAUUCUUCAUUGUUAUUAUUAUUAUCAUCAUCCAAUAAUCAAAAGGAACUUGAAAAAUUAGCUAUACAGUGUGAGGCUGGUGGUAAAUAUAAUUUAGCUUUUCAAGCUUGGUGGUUAACUGGUAAUAAAGAUAAAUGUUUAGAUUUAUUAGUUACAAGUGAAAGAUAUACUGAAGGUGCCUUCUUUGGAGCUAAUUAUUCAGUUGAUGAUGGUAAAGUGAAAGAAACUGUUGAAUUAUGGAAGAAUAAAUUAAACGCUGAUAAAAAGAAAUCAGUCAGUGAUAGAUUAAUAGAAGAUUUCUCAAAUUUAAAGAUUGAUACCAAUGGUAGUGUACCAUUGAUUGAUCUUGAAUCCAAACAAGAAGAAUUACCUGAAGAAGAAGAAGAAGAAGAAGAAGAAGUGCAAGUUAAUGGAGGUGACGAAGAACAAGAAGAAGAAAAAGAAGAGGAGCCAGAAGUAGAGGAUGCCGAAGAAGAAGAAGAAAAUAGUAAAGAUGAGUAGGCGGGCAUUUACUGUAUUAAUUUUUAACUAUUAACCAAAAUAUUUCAGUUUAGCUUUUUAUUUCAUUUUAAAUACUUAUUUUUAACAUUUCAUAUUAUUU